AUGCUUGGACGUCAGAGCUUGGGCGCGGAGCGCGCGGCGGCAGCUGGCUGGACAAAGCGCGUCGGGGCUUGCAGGAGAUCCGGCAACUGGGAAAGGGCUCUGGCACUCCUUGCCGAGAUGGAGCUGCAGAGUUUCCGGCCCGACCUCAUUGCAAUUAGCGUCGCCAUCUCCGUGUGCGAGAAGAUGGGCCGCUGGGAAGCGGCCUUGGACCUGCUGUGGGAGCUGCCGCAACGCCGCUUCCGUGCAGAUGUGGUGGCCUAUAGCUCGGCCGUGUCCUCCUGCUCCAAAGCGGCCAACUGGCCAGCAGCUCUUCAGCUGCUGGACGCCGCGCAGCGCGACGAGGUGAAACCCAACAGCGUCACCUACAACGGUGCAAUCACAGCCUGCGGAAGGGCCAGCGAGUGGAAACGCGCCCUGGCGAUGCUGGAAGAAGCUAAAGCGGGACGGCUGGAUCCAGAGGAGGUGUCCGUGCACACCUCGGCCAUCAGCGCUUGCGGGGCUGCUUCGCAGUGGCAGCUGGCUGUGGCCUUGCUGCAGGAAGCUGAGGCAGGCAGGGCCAACGUGGUGCUCUACAACGCGGCCAUGUGCUGCGGCUGCUGGCCCGACUGCCGGCGGUCAGAAUUUCCGCUUCACUUGUCUCCAUCAACACAGCCCUCAGCGCAGUGGCAAAGGCUGGGUUGUGGCCACGUGCGCUGGAGCUGGCAUUGCUCGCAGAGAAUGCUGGACUGCAGCCGGAUGAAACGACCUUCAAUGCAGCUGGCACCGCCUGCGAGAGAUCCGGCAACUGGCGGCUGGGGGUGCGGCUGCUGGCGGGCGCUGCUCUGCGGCAGCUGCGGCUGA